GGUAUACAGAUCUGCGGAUUCUGCGCAGGUGCCGCAACAGUAGCGCUGUGUUUUAAAAACCGCGGGGUGCGCGUGGCCUCUCCCACCUUUAUUCGCGUGUUUGGGGAAAAAAAGAAAAACAGAUGGAUGUGGGCGGUGGACAGAGGCGGCACAAUCCGGUGGACAGCAUCUGCCGCAAGCUGCAGACUAUCCAGCGCCGCGAUCUGGAGCCUAACUCCCUCUUCCAGAUCCCCAAGUUCCAGUCGCAUAGUUACGACAGCCCCCAGUCCGGCCUGCGCCGGAACCUGGAGGCCAUUCUGAAGAAGCGCACCGUCCGCAGCGAGAGCGAGUCGGACGGCUCGCCCGUCACCCGAAGCCCUUGCACCCCGCGCACCCCUGACAUGCUGACCCCCACAGGUUCUCCUUGGGACCGCCGUCACAGUCGUACCGUCACGCCAUCCAAUGCCACGUACACCAUCUCCAGCACGCAGCUGGACUGCCAGGGACUGGGGCCAGGCGAGGGUAGAACGUGGUCACGCAGUUGCUCUACUCCUGCGGCCCAGAAUCGUGACGGCUAUUUUAGCUUCUCUUCUUGCUGUGCCACCUACACCAAGCAGGGUAGCCGGCCGGUCCACAGGGACCCCCAGGAAAGUCCCUCCUCCAGCAUGUUCUCCUACAACCUCAACUUCUGCUCCACGGAGAACUCCAAUAUGCUGGACUGUGGCCUGGGUUGCCCUGCUGUAGUGGUCAAGAGGCUGUCCUUAUCCGAUGACCCCCUGUUCUCCUCAGAGGGCCGCAAAGAGGCCAUGACAGAGGUGAGCCUAAUCUGUGAAGAGGACCUCUUGGACACCAUCUUUCAUGCCUGUGACACCCAGCGCAGAGGCAAGGUGUACGUCUCCCGCAUUGUGGACUACCUGCGGCACACGACCAGCAGAAGCUCAGAGGACAGCGGCCUGGAGGAACUGUGCAACAUGUUGGACCCUGAGCACAAAGACAUCUCCAUUGACCUGGACACCUACCAUGCAGUCAUGAGGGAGUGGAUUGAUGACUGCCGCAACCAGGGGGACAGUACUCAAGAAGAUGUGACACAAGAGUCGGUCAAGCUGAAAGACAAUUUGUCAGCGAGGCGGUCGGCGCUGAUGAACAUGACCUCGGGCAGUCUGGAGGCGUUUGGGGGAGAGGCAUCACGCGGCGAUCUCGAGACCUCCGACCUGGUGUACUGUGUCGCCGAUCUCCAGUUUAACAACCACAAGCUGCAGGAGGAAGUCAGAAAGCUGAAGCAGGCUGCAGAGGCCAUGGAGGAGACCAACCACAAGCUGCUGGAAGAGAUUGAGGACCUCAGGAUGCAGGCCAAAAUAGGUCAGCAGUCAGCCCAGAAAGAGAAGCUGCUGAAGGAGGAGGUGGAGGAGAUGAAGGCCUCGCUCAGUGCUUUGGAGGAGAGCCGUGCUCGGGUAUCAGCCCAAAGCAAACAGACUGAGAGAGAGAACCAGAGUCUGAUUUCAAAAAUUGCUUCCCUUCAAGAAGAGAACCUCAAGGUUGCCGUGGAGAUGGACGACCUUCAGAAGAAGAUGAUAGAGCUGUGUGACCUCAAUGCUGAUCUCCAGGUGCAGAUCCACUCGUUUGAUUUAGUCAUAAAUGAAAAGGAUGGAUUACUACAAGAGAAAAGCCAGCAGAUUGAGGAUCUGAAGACUGCAGUCAUGGAGUACUCAUCAAUCAUGGAGCUUUUGAGAGCAGAAAAAGCCAAGCUGGAGAGUCACAUGCAGAUGAUGCAGCCAGAUUUCGGGGUUGCUGGUCUGUCCCUCUCGGUGGCAUACAGACUCAAUCAGACCAACUCAGGUUCUCUCCAGGCAGAACUGGCCCUUGCACAGGAAAUCCCUGAGUCCCUAGAUCGUCUAUCUUCGUCUUCCCUCUGUUUUGCUACCCCUCUGGACGAGACACUGGACCGCGAGGUCCUGCUUCUCCUCCAGGGCCCCACUCCAGAGCAGAUGUCCCUUGAGUUCAAAAACCUCAUCAGCAAACUGAAUCAGGACUUCAAAGAAGAUGGUUCAACAGUCCUCAGCACAGUGGAGCAGCUCAUAGACACGCACACCCACACACACCUGGAGGGUGGCUGGCACAAGACAGUUCAGGCCCUACAGGCUGAUCUGGAGCAGAAGCGGAGGGGCUGGAUGCACAGUCUGCAACGGCUAGACCAGUACACCGACUCAUUGGAGAAGGAGCUCAUUAAGAUGGCCAGCAACAUGCGCAGGUCCCGCACCGAGAUCCUGCACCUGUCAGUCAGGGUCCAAGAGCAGGAGAAUCAAAAGCAGCAGCUGCGUGAGGAGCUGGAACAGCUCAGAGGACCACACCAUGAGGGCACCGAUGCCAGCUCCCAAACGGAGGAGAUCCUUCACCAGGAGUGCGCCGACUCCAGCUCCCAGACGGAGGAGAUCCCUCACCAGGAGUGCGCCGACUCCAGCUCCCAGACGGAGGAGAUCCCUCACCAGGAGUGCGCCGACUCCAGCUCCCAGACGGAGGAGAUCCCUCACCAGGAGUGCGCCGAUUCCAGCUCCCAGACGGAGGAGAUCCCUCACCAGGAGUGCACCGACUCCAGCUCCCAGACGGAGGAGGACCUGCUACUGGUGUGGCCAAAGGAGGCUGUGGAGGAAUCUGAUGCCGAAGUACUAGGUCAACAAGAAGGGGGUAAUCUGCAACACUUUUCCCAGAAUGAAAAGGAAUUGCCCCAAACAGAACCUGAGAAAGAAGAGGAGCUGAGGAUCCUAACCAAUGAUGAAGAGCUGAAAAACCUAGGGUGUGAAGAAGAUGGGCAGCAGAACCUCAGGAAGGAGGAAGGAGUGCUGUUAGAUUUGAAGCCAAAGGAAGAGGAGCUACAGGCUGGCCUUCCUCAGGCACUGAUAGCACCCUUCUUCCAAAGCAGUGAGAGCACAGAAGGUGGAGAAGAAGAUCAUUGUGGGCCUUUGCAGGAAGCAGCUGUACCCACAGGAAUGGAGCAGUGCCACCAGCCCCCAGCUCUCAGUGCAGAGAUCUUAUUUCUGGAAGCCAGAGUCCCAGAAUGCACUGGGCCCGAGGACUGCCCCAUCCAGAGCGCCUCCACCACCAUAGAACAUAUUGCUGAGGCCGCUAGUCCUCCUCCUUUUCAGCCCCACUCUCAACUUGUUGAUGCCCUGAUCCUUCAUAUCCCCCGGUCCAAGAUUUGGCCUGCCCUGCCAAUAACUGGGUCCUUUCAGGACCUGACCACUCUGUCAGAGUACAUUCGGGCCAAGGAGUGUGACUGGGUGCCUCUGACGGCAAGGUCCCAUCUACCACUUCGUGGGGGAGAAAGCUGUGGAACCGAGGAGGAAGACGCCACCGUUUCCAGCAUGACUGACACUCAGGAUUUGACCUCGGACCAGCGAACCUCUGACGGCGCUCCCCUAAAAAGCCUGCCGGUGACAGGAGAAAAUCUGGUCGCCCUGGAGGAGAUGCACCUUUCCUCCACGGGAGUGGCAGACUCUUCAGAACAGCUGACGGGUGGAGAGGAGGGCAGUGCCUUGCCGUCUGUAUACGGAGCCUCUCUUCCGACAAAGAAGCAGGGCGCCGCUCUGAAGGGCCUCGCUGUAGAAGCCAAGGGAGAUGAUGGUAGCCCAUCACUGCAGCAGGGCGGCCAAAACCUGCGGGGGCUCAAGAGGGACUCUGUGACAAUGAGGAGUAAAUUUAAGAAAGACCUGGAACUUUCACGCAGCAUGGAGGCCAUUGAGGAGCACAAGACACAGGAAGAACUUACUGAAGCGUCUGAAAAAGGUGACAAUCCAUUAAAUUCUGAAGAUACAAUAAAUGACUCUGUGAAAGAGGAUAGAGACAGUCUGUCUCAGAAUGACAAAGAGAUUGAGACGGAGUUCCACCGCCUGUCCCUGGGCUUCAAGUGCGACAUGUUCACCCUGGAGAAGCGACUCCGUUUGGAGGAGCGCUCUCGCGACCUGGCUGAGGACAAUAUGAAGAGAGAGGUUUCCAGCUGCCAGGGGCUGCUGCAGGCUUUGGCACCCCUGUGCAGAGAUGACAAUCAGUGCAUGGAGAUCAUCCAGAGGCUUGGGAAGAACCUGGACAUCCUGAUCCAGUCGAUGAGCCGAGUGUCCAGUCGCUCCGAGAUGUUGGGGGCCAUCCACCAGGAGAGCAGGGUCAGCAAGGCUGUAGAGGUGAUGAUCCAGCAUGUGGAGAACCUGCGGAGGAUGUACACUAAGGAACACGCAGAGCUCAUGGAGCUUAGAGAGACUCUCAUGCAAAAUGAGCGGUCCUUCGGUUCCCAUGUCGAAAGAGACGAUUUCCGGAAUAAGAAGGUGCCAGGAUCCCAAUACUACAAGCAACGACAUGUCAGUAUUGCAACUUUUGGCCGCAGCACUGGAGGAAACUUGGACAUGACCAGACCCCAUGAUGCAGUGGACACAGAUGAAGACAGACUGGCUAGGAGAAGCUCAUGGAAAGUGGCAGGGAAGAACAGUCUGCGGCCAACGCUAAAGCGCGUCGUUAGCUCCUGUGCAUGGGCGGAGACCGAUGAGCCAACGCUCAUGAAGGGGUAUGAAUGCGAGACAGAGCCCCCCGUUGAAGAGGAAAAGAGGGAGCAGAAUACUGAGAGGAAGUCGAGCAUAACGGAACUGGGGAACAAAAUCGCAUCCCUCAUUAAAUCCUCUGUGAACACGGACCAGACGCCUUCUCCACCAAAGGAUGUUCGGCCCCCUGUGGUUAAAAGCGGCUGGGGACUGUGGGUCUCGGUGGUGAUGGUGGUGGUGCUGGCAGGCCUCCUGGCCCUCCUGGCGAGCCUGACGCUGCAGCCAGCGGUGGACGCGGCACCCGUCGGGCCUGGAGACUCCUGGGUUACCAUUCAGCAGCUACUGUGGCCCUACACCGGCCUGAGACACAAUGGCCAGCCACCCGUUUGAGAAGCUGUUGGCCCGAUGUGGCUGGAGAAUGAGAGAUGAGGGAACUUUACCUGCUCAGGUAGACUGCUGCGUGUGCAUGUGAUCCUUCUGGCCCAAGAGGACAUU